CAUUGUUGCUUCCUUCAAUCAUUCAGAGACACCGAAUCACUCUCUGCGCGAUAUCGUCUCGUCCAAUACCCUAAGCCCUAAAGAGAAAAAAGAAAAUUAAAAAAGAAAAUGCCGACCCUCACGAAGCUAUACUCCAUGGAUGAAGCUGCGAAACACAACAAGCAAGACGACUGCUGGCUCGUCAUCGAUGGCAAGGUAUACGAUGUAACUUCGUAUAUGGAAGAGCACCCUGGAGGAGAUGAUGUGCUUGUCGCUGCAACUGGCAAGGAUGCAACGGAUGAUUUCGAAGAUGCGGGUCAUAGCCAGAGCGCAAGGGAACUCAUGGAGCAGUACUGCAUUGGAGAGCUCGACCCUUCUACUGCCCCGAAGAUCCCCGAGCUUAAAAUCUACAAGAAAGAGCAGCCGAAAGAUUUCGGUGAGAAGCUUAUGGACAUGGCGAAGCACUACUGGGCUGUUCCUGCUGCCGUUGCUGGUAUCUCCAUUGUAGCUGCUGGUGUGGUCUACUCGCGCAAGAAGUAGUAAUUCCUUGUCACGCCCCGCAAAAUUUUUGAGCUUUGGGGGGGGGG